GGGGGGGGCUAAAAAUGACAUUGGCAAUUGCAGAGGGCCUUGGAAGGUGAAGGUGAGCGUCUCUUCUUGUGUUCGGACAUUUGUUAGCAAUUAGGCUGCGAGACUGCACUGCCUCGCUAAAACAUAUGCACUCGCCCUCCCUUCGGCUCUCACUCACAAUCCCACCUCCCACCUCCCUCUCUCUCUCUCUCCCUCCUCUCACACACAAAACCGCUCGCUCUCAUGUCAUGUUGCUCCAAGCUGCGCAUGGUUACUGUCCAAGGUAUUAGUUUCUCUCUGGGGUUGAGGCAGAGAGGCAGCAUGUCAGAGAGGGAGAGAGAGGCUCAUGCAGACUUUUAAGAACCAUGUAGCUUAGUUCACUUCUUCCUCCUUCUUACACUUACAAAAAAAAAGAUGAAUGUAAAGAUUUUGUAAGUUCUCUGGAGGUGUGGUUUUUGUAACAGUGAUCAACCCCCAAAGAAGGACUGAAGCGCUACAGGAGCAUCCACCGCUUGGGGAGGCUCUACAGAUACCUCUAAACUGAGGACAACCUAAGGACACAUCAUGAAAGAAAGCUAUUGCGGCUAUGAGAACCAACUCUUUAAAGAGGAGGACCUGACCGGGGAGGAGGAAGAGAUGCCUCCCUUCAGAGGAAGGACACGGGGCGGCUGUGUGAAGUGCCAGCAGACACACUCUCUCCAGUUGGCUGUAAAGGUGCUCUACGGCUUCUUCGCAUUCCUUAUCAUUGCUGUGGCCGUGUUGGCAUCGCUCGUAUUCAGGAAAGUUGACAGUUUAUCUGAAGAAGAGUCAUUCUAUAAAAAGAAGAUAACCAAAGUUCAGGAGAGUAUACAAGAUCUUGGCACAACCAAUAACUGCACAGAAUGCUUCAACCUUGCACACUUCCGAGAGGAGGUCAGCAAGCUGAAGAAGGAGUUUGAGGACAUCCAGAAGAUGGUCCUCAGCCAGGAACAGACUUUAGACCAGUCCUCUCAGACACAGCAGACUCUCUCACAGUCCAGCAACAGGAUGCUCAGGGACCUCCACAGCUACGCCAUCACCAUGAAGCAGAUUAACCAAUCGCUCGACCAGUACCUGGGCCAGGUGAAUGGCUGGCAGGUGGUGAUCAACGAGACUGACCUGGGCAUGAAGACCCUGGUCCAGGACCAGAACGACCUCAAAGCAACGGUGCAGCAGGUGAACACAACAGUGGGGUUGAGCGCGGUAUGGAUCGACGUGCUGCAGCGCAAAGCGGACGAGGAGACGCUGGUGCUGCAGAAAAUGACGACAGAGUGGCAGAACUACAGCCGCAUCCUGGGCACGCUCAAGUCCAACUCGAGUGCCACCAUGCAGGCGGUGCGCAGCGUCCAGAGUAGCGUCUCAGCCACGCACCAGCGCAUCACCAUGAGCUCGGAGAUGGUCCACGACCUGACGCUGCAGGUGAUGAACCUGCAGAUGCAGCUUGACAACGUCUCAUCGUUUAUGGACGAGCACGAGGAGAACAUGCACGACCACCAGUACCACUCACGCUACUAUGAGAACCGCACCAGCGAGCGCUUCAGCACGCUGGAUGCCCGCAUGAGCACCAUCGAGAUGGAGAUCGACACCAUCGCUUCCAGCAUUAAUGCCACCGUCAGCCACGUGCAGAGCAUGUACAAGUACAUCAACAUCGAGAGUUCCUCCUGCCAGACGAAGCUUGGCAGCCACACAGAGGACCUGCAGAACCUCAACAACACAGUUCUCCUUCUGCUACACCUCGCCGACACCCUGCGGACCCAGUACAUGCUUAUGAGCGUGCGGCUUGAUAUGGACGUGCGGAACCUGUCCAUGGUGACGGAGGAGAUGAAGCUGGUGGACACCCACCAUGCCCAGGCCCUUCAGAACUUCACCAUCCUGAAAGGUGCUCCAGGACCACCUGGCGCAAAGGGAAAUCGAGGAGAAUCUGGCACUAAAGGAUCUCUAGGCCGAUCUGGAAUCAAAGGAGACCGCGGGGUUCCUGGAACCUCUGGGCCCAUGGGACCGAAGGGCUUUAUCGGCCCUAAGGGGGAGCUAGGUGAGGCCCGGACCCACUGGGAUCAAGGAAACCCCGGAGUCAAAGGUGCCAAGGGAUCUUUGGGGCAGCCAGGAUCCGGGGUGACAGGGCAGAAGGGCGACAUGGGAGUGCUUGGGAAAGACGGACUUUCUGGUCCCAAAGGUCCACCGGGAAUACAAGGACCAGGCUUACCUGGACUGCCGGCAUACCUGGGCCAAGGGGAAAAACCUGGUCCUGUUGGUCCAACUGGCCCGCCUGGAACACAGGACCCCCAGG